AUGUCUGAAGCAGAUCCGGUUUUAAAUAGGAUGGAGUAUCAAACUUAUAAAAUCAUUAAAGAGUAAAAUGAUUAAUACCAAUUACAGUCUGAAAGAAUUAUUACUGAAAUUUCUGAAUCGAACAAUAGAUUACUUUAAUUAAAGGAGGAAAUACAACUUAUUCCUCAGAUGUUGAGUUAAAAAGAAUAAGAAAUUAAUAACUUGUAGUAAGAGAUAAAUAAUAUCAGAACUGAAUAAGAUUUUGAAAUUUAUAGAUUGCAAAAUUAACUAAGUUUAUUUGAAUAGAGAUAUUUAAAAUAAGAAGAAAAAAAUGAUGUUGCACUCCAUUUAGAGUAAUUCAGAAACCCAAAUCGAUAUUUUUGUGAUAUUGAAAAAGGAUUGGAUAACAUUAUUUCUGUUAAGAUUGUAUUCAUAUAAGGCUUCAAGAUUUAAAAAAUAGAUGCCGACAUUAUUAAUAAUUAAGUGGAUAUUGUUGCCUUGUUAUAGAAUAAUGAUAUUUCUCAUAUCGUAAAACACAAAAUUUAUGUGGACUAACAGAAUAUGAGAUGUUUGGGAAAAGUAGUUUAAGGAAAUUAAGUUACAUUCCAAAUCGGAUCAGCUCCAUGA